AUGGAAAUAUCCUUAGCUAUAAAAGAAGUAAUUGAUUUAUAUCAAUUGGAGGAGAAUAUACUGGCCUGUACUGCAGAUAAUGCCAAUAACAUCCUAAAAAGCAUGGAUAUUUUGCAGAAUAUUUAUAAGGAACAAAAAUUUAAAGGCUUUAGAUGCUGUGCCCAUAUUCUAAACCUAAUAUCUCAGGAAGGUUUAUCAUAUAUUACAACUAUCCUAGAAAAGUGUAGAGACAUAGCCUUUUCUAUAAAUAAAUCAAAUCAAGCAUAUGUACAAAUAUGUGAAAAUAAGGGUAUUACAAAAUUUAAAAUCCCUUCUGAUAUCCCUAUUAGAUGGAAUGAGAACAUGGAUGCUAUAGAAGAAGUACUUUUUUUGAAUUACAAACAAUUUAAAGGGGUUUUCUUUACUGUGUGUGAAAAAGAAGACCUUAAAGAGGCUGUAGAUUUUCUAAGGCCCUUCUAUAAAACCACACUUGAUUUAUCAGGAUCCAAAUAUCCUACAGAUAAUAACAAUACAAGAAAAGAAAUUCUUAAUAACAUGCUGGAUAAAAUGCAGAAAUAUCUCAAAGAAUUAUUUUGCUAUGAAUCAUAUGUCUCAACAUUAUUGGAUCCGAGAUUAAAACAAGUUUACAUGCCUAAUACUCUUAAUAGAAUUGAGUAUAUGACCAAAUUUUCAAAAUAUUUAAGGAAAAUAGAAAAUAAAAAAAAUACAGGAAUAACGGAUUCUCAGGAAGAAAUCAAUCAAUUUAGUUUUUUAGAAAGAAUUUUAUCCCAAAAAAGAAAUUCAGAAGGGGAUUAUAUAUCGGCAGAAAUCAUUGAAAAAAAUAUAUCAGAACUUCACACCUAUUUGAAUGAACCUCUUGUUUCAUUAAAGGAUGACAUAUUAGUAUGGUGGAAAGCCAAUAGUGAAAGAUUUCCAGUUUUCUCAUUAGCAGCUAGAAAUUUUUUAGCAAUUCAAGCAACAUCUGUCCUCUGUGAACAAAUAUUUUCGAAAGCAGGAGAUCUUGUCACUAAAAAAAGGAAUAGGCUUUCAAACAAAACAAUACAAGCUUUGAUGUGUAUGGGCUCUUGGUUAAAGAAUGGAAUGGAUCUUCCGCCUCCAUUAAGUCCCUCUUCUAAUUCCUUCCAAGGAAAGAUUAUGGUCAAACCAAAUCUUCAAGUUCGAAAACAUUUUCAAGAAGUACGCGAUGGUAAAUCAGUUAAAGCGGUAUGCAGCUCUAACGAAGAAUUGGGUGAAAUUAGUGAGAAUGAUUAUCAAAUUGACUUGUUACUCAAGAAAAUUUGA